AUGGCCGACGUGGCCGCGGUGGUCCAUGCAUUCAAGGUGCUCACUUGCCCGGACAGGACCGUCCGCAUGCUCGCCGAGGCGUCCCUGAAGCAGUGUGUGCAAUACCGCGUCGGCAGGAUGCCCGAACACAUCGACCUGGCCGCCUUCCUGUCCGGCGCCAAGAUGCGGGAGAACCAUGAACACGCCAGCAUCUGGACCGCGGCCCGGAACGCGACGCGCCGCCUCAGCAACAAGAUCCACGGCCUCUGCUGGGAGUGGAGUCCCACUCUGCAGCGCCUCACCGUGUGCGUGCCCUUCAGCGGCAGGCAGCCCGAGGUCGCCAAGGUGGACGUCGAAUCACGCCGCCUGCUUCACUCCAAGCUGCGCCAGUGCGUCCAACACCACCAUCACCGCCGCCUGCUGGCCAAGCCCGACCAGGGCAAGGUCUACGACUGCGCCAGCCUGGACGCCUCCUCCAACCACUUCGUCGCGUACGGCCGCCACACCAGGUUCGCCGACUGGAGGUUCAUCUUCCGGGCGCGGCUGGGCGUCCUCCCACUCCGGGGCUGCAUCCGCGGCGUCAAGGACCUGGACCGCAAGUGCCGCUACUGCCACCAGUGGGACGAGACGACGGCGCACGUGCUGUGCCACUGCCAGCGCCUCUCGCAGGGCUGGCGCAACCGCCACUCCACUGUCGUGCAGCACCUCGUCGACGCCAUGCCCGAGCACCGCCGCCAGCACCUGCGGCUGGAGCGCACCGUCGUGGGGUCCGGCUCCAACCUCAAGCCCGACAUCGUGGUCCGCGACACUGUCCACAACGUCGCCACCAUCAUCGACGUCGCGUGCCCCUUUGAGAACAGAAGAACCGCUCUUGCCACCACCCGAGAGCACAAGAUCAACAAGUACAAGGCGCUGGAGACCUACCUCGAGGGGCAGGGCUUCACCGUCAUCCUGGACGCCGUCGUGGUUGGAGCGCUGGGCUCCUGGGAUCCCCGCAACCAGAGGGCGCUGGCGGCGCUCGGGGUCAAGGAGACCAACACCCUGAAGCAGAAGAUAGUCUCCGACGUCAUCAAGUGGUCCAGGGACAUCUAUGUGGAACACGUGUCCGGAGUGCGGCAGUACACCGAGAACGUCCAGCCCCACAUCCCCAGGACACCGCAGCAGCCCACCAAUACCUAG